ACUUUCAAAAAAUGAUUGUUGUAUAUAUCUACAUUUGUAUACAUACACCAAACUGUAUGUAGAUAUAGAGAGAGAAAGCUUGGUUACAGGGGAUGACAAUGGACAGAGAAAAGGAGAGAGAGAUAGAGCUAGAGAGUACAAUGUACACAAAUUGUUUAUUAUUAGGUCUAGAUCCUUCCGUUCUCGGCGCCGGAGCUACUCAUCCCGUCGGUCUUUUCCGUCAUUCUAACCCUAAAUUAGGCGAACAGCUUCUCUAUUUCAUCCUUUCCUCUCUCCGUGGUCCGAUUCAAUCCGCUAAAGAUUUCGAUAAAGUGUGGCCGAUUUUCGAUUCCGCUCAGUCGAGGGAUUUCCGCAAGGUUGUACAGGGAAUUAUAACUGAAUUGGAAUCGCAAGGGGCUCUUCCGAGGAGUAAUUCAAGAGUUUCAUCUCUUGCUACGUGUUGUGGACCUAGAUUUGUUGAACUUUUGUGGCAACUUUCUUUGCAUGCUUUGCGUGAGGUUCAUAGACGAACAUUUGCAGCUGAUGUAGCUUCUAACCCAUUGCCUGCGUCAUUGACAGAUGUAGCUUUCUCUCAUGCUGCGACACUGCUUCCUGUAACAAAGGCUAAAAUUGCUCUGGAGCGAAGAAAGUUUCUGAAGAAUGCUGAGAUAGCAGUGCAGAGACAGGCUAUGUGGUCAAAUUUGGCACAUGAAAUGACUGCUGAGUUCCGUGGCCUUUGUGCUGAAGAGGCUUAUUUACAGCAAGAGCUGGAAAAGUUGCAGGACGUGCGGAGCAAAGUGAAGAUGGAAGGCGAACAUUGGGAUGAGCUUGUAUCCAGCUCAAGUCAGAAUUCUCAUAUGGUUCAAAGAGCAACUCGUUUGUGGGACUCAUUGUUAUCUCGUAAGAAUCAACAUGAAGUUCUUGCUUCGGGCCCUAUUGAGGACCUCAUAGCUCAUAGGGAGCAUAGAUAUCGUAUCUCUGGAUCAUCUUUGCUAGCAGCCAUGGAUCAAAGUACACAACUCCCAUCUACUGACGUAACUUCAGCACAACCAAAUAAAAGUGAUCAAACUGAUGGACAACAAGAGGAUGUAAUUAGAGGGAUACAGGAGGAUAUUUCUGAUUCUUCACUUUUACAAGGAAAUGAAGUUUCUCGAGUCGAUGAUCGGAACGGAAGAGGCCACACGACUGUUGAUAUAGCAGAAGUUUUGAGGCGUUGGACGCAUGCCUUGCAACGUAUUCAUAAACAGUCUCUACUUCUGGCAAAAACUAAUGAUGGUGAAGGUCCAGAACUUCUCCGAAGCACUCAUGAUGGCGGUACAACUGGGCAUUCCGAAUCUCUUGUUGCCACUCUUUCUGAACAUCGACAGCAUCUAACAAGCAUACAGGUGCUCAUCAAUCAAUUGAAGGAAGUGGCUCCUGCAAUUCAGAAUUCAAUCUCGGAACUAACAGAGGAGGUGAAUUCUGUCUCUGCUAAUAUACCUAUGAUGACCAGUCAUCUUGGUAGAUCCUCCUCACCAAACCAUGCACAGAGUAGUGGAAGACCAUUGGAAAGUAGCAGUGACGAGGUUUUGGAGAUGACUUCAAGACUGUCUACAUUUCAAAUUGAGAAAAAUUCAGCUAGUCCCCCUACCUUAAAACUCCCACCUCUCUUUAGUUCCACUCCAAAUUCUGGGAAAGGCGGUAAUAUGCAAAAGCGAGACAUCAUACCACAGACAAAUCAAUCAGAAUUGGUUUCAGAAAAGAAGUUGGUUGACAAGCCCCACUCAAACAAUUCUAUGGAUAGUUCGCCACAAGCAAGCAAAGACUAUUCUUACAUCCAGAAUUUGAAGAAAUCCGUCAGAGAAGCUGCUCUGUCGAUGCAAGCCUGCAAAACAGAGUCAUCUCAAGAUAGUCAUUCUGAUGAUGGUUCUGAGAGUUUCUUCUUACCGCUUUCAGGAAAAGGGUUUUCUCGGUUUGGUGCAGAAAAUAAAUCAGCUGCAGUAAAGAGUAAAAAGAUGGCAUCUCAUGCAGAUACUAACUUUCUUGAAACUCGUGCAACAGAUAGUCAAUAUGGGAAUUACAAUGCAGAUUUAGACAUGCUAAACGACUUCGAUUUGCUCCAUGACUAUAACCACAUAGAUGAUUUUCUCUCGGCUUCUGCAUCUAAUGAAGUUUCUGAUGCACAAGGUUCAAUGUUUGACUUGGAUGAAGCUCAAGUCUUCUCUCCUCCUUUACUGAUGGAGACGUCAAUGCUGUCAGAUUCUUAUGAGGAUCUGCUUGCACCCCUAUCAGAUACUGAAGCAGCUUUAAUGAAUCACUGAUGAAUGUAUGACCACAUUCUUUGGUUAUGUUAGUAAUAUGGCGUGGUGCUUGUGUUGUCUAUAGAUUCUCUUCCCUGCUAGUACAUCUGUCGGCAGCACUGGCAUGGUGCUGUGUUGUCUGUAGAUUCCUCUUCCCGCUGGUACCUGUUGGCAGCAGCAAGUUUAUAAUUUAUGUUUUUCUCUUGGGUAAUGGAAGGGUCUGCUGCACGACACUCCUCUGCUUAUUUUGAUCUCAACCAAGGAAGGCCUGUUAUAUUUGUUUCGUUUUCUUUUCUGCUAUAUGUAACACCAAUUUGACGUGAAUAGUUAGUUGAAUGUUUUUGUUGUUAAUUGCUCAACUUCUAUAGGGUCUGGCCAUUAUUCUGAAUGCACAGAUACAUUUCUUGUUUUAUAUGAAAUUUUAAAAUUUGUCAUUGUCAAAAAAACGAAUGACAUGCUCCUAUAGUUGCUAUUUCUUCUUUA